CCUACAGAGGUAUCUCCAAUACAACUUCUGAAUCCUGAUGCCGUAAGCAAAGACGCAGUUACUUGCUACCCCCUCUUCAACAAUUAUUGAUCUUUAAAGAGUUCUUUUUCACAAUCAGCCCAACUGCGAGGGUCUAUAAACACAAAUGGGCCAACGCUAGCCAGCGCACAUGUUUAAAUUUGCCUCAUUUUUAAAAUUUACAUGGCUAUCUAAGGAAGGACAAGGGCAGAAAACCGGGGAUAGCACUGAUUGGAGCAGGACCUCGUGCAGGAGCAGAUGAGACAUUUACAUCAUGCUGAUCUUUCACCACGAUCAUACCGGGCUGCGUAGGAAGACCAAGUCCCUAGAAGCUGUGAAAUGCUUAAGUAAUGUACAAACUCUAAGUCCGUUCUCCUGGUCACCAAAAUGGUCUUGCCUUUGAACGCAACUGACCUCAGAAAUGGAUCUGUGCAGCCCAACUCUGGGGAGUGGAAUAUACUACGCUGGGCCGCUCUGCUCACCCUGAUGGUCAUCAUACCCACCAUUGGAGGAAAUAUUCUUGUCAUACUGGCUGUAUCUCUGGAGAAAAAGUUACAAUAUGCCACCAACUACUUCCUCAUGUCUCUGGCUGUGGCGGAUUUGCUGGUUGGACUCUUUGUGAUGCCAAUAGCCCUGCUUACUCUAUUGUUUGAAAAGCCCUGGCCGCUUCCACGGGUCCUCUGCCCUGCCUGGCUGUUCCUCGACGUCCUCUUUUCUACGGCAUCCAUUAUGCACCUCUGCGCCAUCUCACUGGACCGUUACGUUGCCAUAAAAAAGCCGAUCCAGGCCAGCCAGUACAACUCACGGGCUACAACACUUAUCAAAAUAACAGUGGUGUGGCUGAUCUCAAUAGGCAUUGCUAUUCCAAUCCCAAUUCGUGGGAUAGAGGAAAAUAGCGAAAAGUUUCAAAACUUCACUUGUGUGCUAAAGCCUGAUCGUUUCGGAGACUUCAUCCUGUAUGGUUCAAUAGCUGCCUUCUUUGUGCCACUGGCCAUCAUGGUAGUCAGUUACUUUCUCACAAUCCGGGUCCUGCACAAGAAAGCUUACUUGAUCAACAAACCACCUCAACACUUGACCUGGAGUACCAUAUCCACAGUUUUCCAGCGGGAUAUGACACCUGGAUCCUCACCGGAAAAAAUAGCCAUGUUAGACGGCUCUAGGAAGGACAAAUCUUUGUCAAACGGGAACAAAGAGCUGCCAAUACGCAGGAUGUCUACAAUGGGGAAAAAGUCAGUUCAAUCGAUCACCAAUGAACAACGGGCUUCCAAGGUCUUGGGGAUUGUGUUCUUUCUCUUUUUGCUGAUGUGGUGUCCGUUCUUCAUAACCAACAUCACAUCCGUCCUGUGCAAAUCCUGCAGUGAGGAAUUUAUUCAAAUGCUUAUGGAGAUAUUUGUCUGGAUUGGAUAUGUCUCCUCAGGUGUGAAUCCACUGGUCUACACCCUUUUCAAUAAGACAUUCAGGGAAGCCUUUGGCAGGUACAUCACGUGCAACUACCAGACUUCAGCUCCUGGGAACGUCUGCCGGAAAUCCUCCACUACACUCUUGUUCAAAAACUCUGUGACCGAGAACUCCAAGCUUUUUAUGAUGCACCACGGGAUGCGCAACGGGAUUAAUCCAGUCGCGUACCAAAGCCACCGGCUUUGUAGCUCACCCAUCCAGUCUUCGUCAGCCAUUCUGCUGGACGCGCUGCUACUCACAGAGAAUGAAGUUGAUAAAACAGAAGAACAAGUCAGCUACGUGUAGCCCAAUGAAAAAAAGCACGCUGUGCUCUAAGCCCGUGGGGAAACGCCAGUAUGUAUAUAUUGUUUUCAUCUGUUAUUUAUAUGAAUCCUAAUUAUAGUUUUAACAGUUUGUCUCCUCUUGCCCCGAGACCGCCUCCGAGUCAUUCCAGUGUAAGAUCAAAAUCUUGUUAUAGAUAUGGCAAGCCUUCGAGCACUGUGGUUCAUAAGCGGAGGGGCCUAAAUAAACAAACACGGCUAUGCAACUCUCGGGUCUCGGAUUCUUCAUCUCCUCUCUUUAAACAGACACAUACACACAUUACUAAGAGGCAAAUGGCUGCAAUUUCAAACAUAUGCAGCUUUGUGGACUUAACAAGUCUUUUACCGAAGUAUGCUUAUGCUUUGGAAUAAAGUGCGUAUCUUGAGAUCAUUCAGGAAUUCAUUAGCGUAUGCUCCCCAAAGAACAGGGGAAUAUGAAAGGGCCAGCUAUUUCCAAAUGCAACAGCCCACACCCUAACCCUGCUAUCCUUGUCCACAGA